CGAAUGCGUCGGCGACUCACGUGAGGCGAUGGUGGAAGGUUUGAAAUCUGAAUGCGAUCCGUUCCUUCGUUUGGAAUGUGCCUGCCAUCAGGAGGAGCAUCUGUUGUCCCAGAAAAGAGAGUCUACAACACGUGCACAAUCUAUAGAGAUAGGGAGGGCGCCCUUGAUUGGGUGGGGGGGCUACACGAGGCGGGAUGUGGCGCCGCUGUGUUUCUUAAGAACGCCUCGGGUGACGACUGGUUCAGUGUUGGAGGGAUUAUUAAAUCCGAGGAUGAGAGGGUGGACGGGCACGGACGGAAGUUCAGGAGGUUUUUCCUCACAAAGAUGUUCAACGAACAAGGAGUGGACCAUGCGAAGGCCGACCGUAAAGUAAGCCUUGAUUACAACCUGUUCAAGGGGUAUGGCGGUAAGGCUAUUACCAUGAAAGCCUUUAAUGUAUCCCUGAAAGAAGACGGGAGUGUGUUGACGAUGCUUGGCCCCGUUAAUUUCCUCGCCAAAACGAACGGCUACAGGAGAUCCGAAAACAGUCCCACGAUUGAGGCCGACCAUCGUAUGUCCCCGACAUUCGUGCCUUUUGACACGCCGGACGAGGAUCUUCCCGGUAUAGCAAUGACAGAGAGACAGAGGACGCCACAUAGUUUUCCAACGCAGCAGACGUCAGCGAGUGGGGGCCGGCGCCACAACAAACAAAGCCAGCCGCGUCAUCCACCAGGCGAGGAUGAGCAUGGUCCUCCUGUGGGUUCGUCCCGCCGGAUGGAGUGUGUUGGACCGUCUCAACCGUCCAGCCGGCAAGACCAAGGCACCCCUGUCAUCCCAUACAAAAGGAAGGCCCUGCCAACUCAUCCCUCUCCCAGUUGCCAGAAGGACGAAGGUGGUGCGUCCAGGAAGGCGGCGCUGCGGGAGAUAAGUGAAGGAUCGGAUGAGGAAACGGAGGACGAUUCUAGGGUAUGUGUUGAUCGACAUCCACAGGGUAAUCAUACCGUCGACGAUGAUGGAUUUGGUGUCGAUGAGGACGACGUCGAAGAGGAGAACAGCGAGAGGGAGAGAGAGAGAGAGGAUCAUGAGGAAACUAUGCACGACUGCGAGGGUGGGGAGUCUCAACAAUACUAUGAGGAGGACGACGGGGGCGAUGGAGAAAACGAUCAUGCCUAUCMUGUAGGUGAUGACGAUGGACGGCAAGAGCGGUCGGCUGAUGUGGGGGUCGACGACGCAACAGGAGAGCGGUCGGAGGCCAGUGUCCAGAAAAGGAAGCGACAAUCUUCAACAAGUCCAACGGCGGCGACGGAUAAGCGCGCUGCGAAGAAACUCACUGUUGCUGCAUCUCGACAGGCGCUCAAAGCUUCUCAAGAGGCGGUCGCUGAAAGCGUGAAGAAACGAAAAGGGUCCGCGCCGACAAGGGCGACAAAAGCGGAGAAUUGUCCACUGAAAAGAAAGCAGAUGGUGGAUGAGGGUGACUCUGGAGAGGAUGCCGAAGGGGUUCCUCCAAGAGAUAUGUCAGAACACACACAACCUUCCGCCGACACCCGUGAUGAAGCCAUCGACACAACACGGUGCUUCUUCUUGGAGUUCGAUGAAGAUGGGUUUGCAAAGAAGAAAAGGAAACACAUUGAAGUGGACGUCACAAAGAUCUUGCCAAUCCCUGAAGGUGACAUCCUCUUCAACCAUAGAACGUUGGACGAAACGUUGGUGCAGUCCAUAUAUGAUGCGAUCCAUCAUGCCGCCAAGGAAGCCAAUGGGAAGUGGGAUUUCAUGACUUUCAUCCUGGCUCCUAUUGUGCCCAACACGGACGGGUCUCAAGGCAGACGGAUCACACCGGAGCAAUUCGACGUCGAACUGGCUCAUACAUACAGCUGGUAUGCUGUUGCUGGCCAGCACACAGCUAAGGCAAUGAACAAACUCAUUAAAGACAAGUCACCAGCCGAGAAAAUGUAUGGCUUGAGGUCGUACUCUCACGUACGUGUUGUCUACUUUGACGAUGACAGAAAGAGAGGAUAUCCGUACGUCUCGACGUUCGACAACACGAGAGAGGAGCGUUCGAUCCCGAGAUCGUUUUCGUCAUCUCUGCGCCAAAUUAGAACAUUUUGGGAUAAGAGGAAUGGCCGGAUCCGUCCGCUAGAGACCGUGUCCCCGAAUGAUGUCGAGGGAAUGAAACGGAAAAAGAAAUGGGAAGAGUUCAUGAACGCCGCCUGCAAAAUGACACCUGAUUCCGGUCUCAUGAACUCGUCCAUGGAGAACGACUACUGCAAGGACUGGAAGAACAAGAUGCGCGGAUACAUGAAUCUUGCGCAAUGCGGCGAAACAGUAUGGCCACUAGUACAAAAAUUCUUCGACAUGUACGAGAACGGGCUAUUGCCGCGAGUCGACGGUGUGAGAUACAUCGACCUGCCGGGGAAAGUGGAAGAGAGGCUGCCUCGGCAAUACUUCCUCAAGGACAACUCCGGCAAAAAAGUCAUGUUCCACUGCAUCAAAGCCAGGAAGGGGCCACCAGGCGCAACAGUGUCUAUACCGGACUUGACGUCGACAAUCUUCAAGUUGUUCGGCGAUAUGACAGCGAGAGAGAAGCAAGUGGCGCUUCACCACAUGAUGCGUGGUGAUGUCAUCGUGACAUCACGUUCGGUACCUCGUGGUAGAUGCAACAUGGCGGACCUGGUUAAAUAUACUCGGCGUGAAAGAUAUAUGGUCCGUAUGUUCAACUACAUAUUGUUCAAGGUCGAGGGGAGGUCAAAAGAAGAGUGGAGCGCUGAGUUUUUCAUCGGUUAUACGACCGUCUUGGAGAGGUACAGCAAAAACGGUCUGACGGACGAGAAAUGGACCAAUGAACGCGACCGCAUCCCUGACGACAAGGCGAGGAAGGUGCCGAGGCGUUUGGGCGGUCCUGAUGAGAUUAAUGGUGAGAACGGUGCGGGACUGGAGGCAACCCAAUGCAUGUACAAGGAAACCCCGUUCCACCUCAAGUGUUUCAUCUACGAGGCAAUCGACUGCUUGGACGACCUGAGAGCGGAGGUUAAUCGGAUAUCUUCCAGUGCUUGUCACAUAUUUUGGGAAGUGGGGAAGAGGAUUACCAUGAUCCUGCCAUUUGAAAUAGAACCGAAGGGAGUGCUCACCGACAACGAGGAGGUUGUUGGUACGGCGAGGGGGAUGAAGAUACGGCCAACCAUUCUUGAUAUGUCAACAUCACCGAAAUGUGUUCCGUGGGAUGAUGACGCCUUUUUUAAACUGUACGCUUUCCUCAUGACAUGCUCUGGCAAAAACUGGGCCUUGAUCAUUUUCGCGACGAUGAAACACCAGAAACAGGUGAUGCAGAGUGUGUACAACAGGGAUGAUGUUGAGGUGCUUACAGGAUCAUGGUACAUACACUAUACACCUUCGACAACCUUGAACAAGUACGGCAACAUUGCAGUUCGGUACACUGACAUGAUGGUUAUUGUCCUCCACGCCGAGAACGCCAAUUUGGACUAUAUAACGGUUCCGCUGAAAUUGCGAGCCGAGUUGAUAAAUUUGAAUGUUGAAGAGGGUGAAUUUGUGAGGUGCUCAAGGGAGUGUAUCGGCGUGGAGGGCGACACCGACAAGGUUUAUUCUUGGAUAGAACGAGAGUCAGCACGUCUCCGAAAACUGUCCAGCUCGUUCAUUAGGGAGGACGAUGGCGUGAUGCUGUUGGGCAGGGCGCAUGCGGGAUGGAUUUGGGAACUCGCUCGCGCCGAACACCAUGUGUUUGCGUGUGACGACACGAGAAAAGAGCUCACAUACCUUUCCAAGUUUUUAGAGUUUUAUGUGAAGGAUCCGAGGAACAAAUGCAGGUUCGAAAAGCCCCGAGUCGAGCACCGCAAGGACCGGGACAUUUACUAUAAGCUCGGCAAGAAGAGGGAGAAAGUGUGGGCUUACUUGUUCGGUGACGCUCCACGGUCGGCGGUUGAUAACGAAUACGUCAUCAGGAAAAGUGAACUCGAGAUAGCAAUGAACAAGUACCACGGAUCGCACAUGGGUGCUUACCACAUGUUCGUCGCACGUUGUGAGCAUCUGUAUUUCAAUAUGAAGAAAAGAGCACUGUCAUGCAGGGACUAUGCGGACUUGGCACGUAAAGCGGGGAAAUUCAACAUCAUCGAUUGUGACGAAGACACGUCAGACUCCAAGCUGGACGUUCCGUCGCGCGCGACACGACGUUCGGCGCAGGGAGCACGUGUCGAGGAGCCGCAAGGGAGCACCAACGCAGAAGCGGAGAAGGCGAGGUCGAGUUUGGGAGCGACACAUGUUUGUGAGGGAGACGUGGAACAUAGAAUGAAUGCAAGGGGAGAAAAGAAUGGUGUACCAACAAACCCGGUGGGUGCGAGUGAGGGAAUUGUUAACUCACGGGGCAACACAGGGGGAGGAGAGAAUGGGUGUGAAAUGMCCCCGCCGACAGCUGGACCAUCAUCGACACAUGCACCGCAGGCCGAGCAGCGAACGCUCACGUCGAUGGACACAGAUGAAGAUGAAGACAUGGAUAUGACAGCAGUCAUGCCGAAGCUCGUGCCAGGAAAAACCGUUACCUCAAGGCUUUGCUCAAGACCCUUCAGUGCCAUACUUGCUGCAAGACAAGUACAAGGAGUCAUCGAAGGAGGACUGGGUCAUCAUAUUCUCUGGCAUGAGGGCGUGUUCGAACCGUGCGUGUUUGCGGGCAAGUGGCAAAUGGCUGUGAAGACAAGAGACCGCGGGUGGGUCGCGAAGGAAARAAAGGACGCUGCGAUAUGGCACAGUGUGACGGAGACGCAACUUUUUUGGCGGGUUGCACAAGAAAAUGUCGGUGCAACAGAGGUGACUGUAGCGGCAAAGGCGAAAGCUUUGUUUGAGCAACUGCAUGCCAACAAACAACUAGAAUUCAGCACAAAGUUCUACGACCUUGCAUCAAGUGUGUCGUACGGCUCCAUCGAUUGGAAAAUCAAACAAGCGUCAGCAGUGCAAGAAAUCGAUAGCAUCACCUCUCUAAAGACUCAAGACGUCAUUGCAUCGUUAAGAUGGCCAGAGGGGAUGCAGGCUACAAAACGGACACACGUGCGAACGCAGGUCACAUACAGAAUGAACAGUUGCGAGCAUGUAUUCAACAAAGCACAAAGAGAAGCGCAAUGGGGGAUUCCACUAUGAUAUGCAAGGACGGCGACAACAUGGAGUCGGGCACAUUGACAUAGCCGCCAACGCGCAUGGUCAACGA